AGUUCAUCAGUCGAGAAGCUGAUCCGCUCGUGUCAUCCAUGCUCAAAGCAACGAAGAAUGACAAUAAGAAGAAAGGGUACAAGCAAGAUACAGAAGCUAUUUCUCACUCUCACUUUGUGUUCGAUGCAACAACCCUUAACCCCUCACAAAGGCCCACAUCCUCCCUUUCAUUCAGGCGACUGAUACCACCCAGCCAGCGAACAGAUUUACCGUCAAAUAUGUUCGUAACCAGUGUAGACGUAGAAGCUGGUGAAUGGGACAGCCAAUACCUUCCGGACAGUACACUCGCCACAAUAACCCGCCCAACACAGUUGAAUGGUGGAAUUGAGAUACUGGAGGACAAGGGGGCUUUUGUCGCUACUCAGCGUGAAACAACGUCAGGUGAUCAUCAUCGUCAUCCUAGCUUCAACUGGGGAGAAAUGGAGAGGAAAUGGGAUGAAUAUGGCGUUGUUUCAGGUAUCAAAGAUAUUGCACCGGGCAAUGUGCUGCUAUGGAGGGAACUGGCGCUACACCCCGUCAAAUUUACUCCAGAACUUAUGAUUUACGCAGGAAGAAUCGCCAGCGUUGAUGAUAAAAGUGCCACUCUUGAGCUUAUUCCACGCGAUGACAUGCAUAUGGAUUUGGGGGCGGAUGCCAACAUGGAGAAUUUAGAACCAGCAAAACAUCAGAGUGCAACAGGGGCCAACAGUUCUACUAGGAUGAACAUACAAGGCAAUAGGGUCAAUAAAGAACUUGAGUUGUACGUGACCGAAGACCUAUCAAAGAUACCAGAGGCUUCAUCAACGCUUUCUUUAACCAGUUCACUCCAGAGCUGA